GUUCUGGCUAUUAUAAAUGAGAAGUUUAGUACAAAAUUUGUAAAUUUCGAAAAUUCUUAAAACAAUAAAUGACUAUACAUAAAGUAUGGAUAAGAGGAUAUCAAUACCUAUUGGAUUAGUAUUUGCAGGAGUAGUUGGAUACUAAUUUUUAAAAAAAAACGGAGAAGAUUAAUAAUCAACAGAAUAACCAUAAGAAGUAGGAGGAUAAGAGAGAUAAUCAUAAAAUUCAAAUAAUUCUGAAGAGAAUGAUAUUAUUGAAAUUGAGGAAAAUAAAUAAUUAGAAAAAUAACAAUAACAAUCUAAGUAAAGUGAACCAAAAUCAAAGAAAAAACAAAUUAUAUAAAAAAUUAAUCAAAAAACAAAAAAAUAGUUUUAAACAGAUAAUGAAAUGCCUGUCCCUAAAUUAGUAAUUGAAAAAUAAAACUCUUUAAAGCAGGAAAAAAAUGCAGAUGAUAAAUUAUUUUUCUAAAUUUACUAAAAAAUGAACUAAGAAGAUUCAAAUGAAGACACUUGA